AUGAUAAAUAAUGAGAAUAACUCAUAACAUCUGAAAAGUAAACCUCUUUUUUCAGUCAUGAAACUUAUUAAUAACAACACUUUUCGUGGACAAUUUAGUGAACCCAAUCAACUUAGCUCAAGCAUUCUACAAUAAACAAAUCCUUAAUUGUCUUUUCCCAGAGCAGAAAGAUUCUAAUCUCAUCAUGCUCCUUAGCUUCCAUCCCCAAAAUAUCUAUGUCUCACUGAUACUAAAACUAAAAGAGCCACAUCUUUUGGAUUUGGAAACAAAUAGCUAAGACCAUUAGACCUUGAAAAAAGAGAUCAAUUAAAUCCAGCUCCUGGAACAUAUGAUAUAAAAUAGACCUCUUGUAGAUCCUGCAGCUUUGGAAUGAAGUUAUAAUCAGUACGAGGUUUUGAUGUUCCAGGACCUGGAUCAUAUGAUUUAAAAUUGCUUAAUAAAACAAAAGCCUUUAGUAUAUAUGGCAAGAUCAAUUCCGAUAUAAAAUUACCAAAAACCGCUUCACCUACUUCUUAUCUUCCUACCGAUAAAAUUAUUUAGAACAAUCGAUUUAAAUAAAUUACUUUUGGAAUUGGGGAUAGACCUCUACCAGGAUUGAAAAUUGAAUCACCUGGCCCAGGAACAUAUGCCCUCAAAUCUGUUUUUGAAAUCAAAUCAAAAAAAAAAACUUAAUAAUGA